AUGGCGUCGGACGCGAAGAUCAAUGUCGCCACCGACCUCCUUGUCGAGGACAUGCGUUCCACUGCCCGUCUUUACCGUGCCCAGGCCAGGCUGCAGAGAUCACGGUUGGUGGUCCCAGGCCUUUCAAUCUGGGAUGUCCUACAGCGCGGAAUUGUACUAUCAUGUGUGGGACUGAGCGUGUAUGGGAUUGUCGCCGCUGGGCUGGUGCACCGUGACACUCUAAGAAGAGGGCAAGAGGUGAGCAACCCGAUGAUGCUUUUGGAAAAGAUGGAAGCGGAGAAAGCGCUUUUGGGCGAUCAGAAGCCCCCGCCUACCCAGGAGGAGCAGAAGGAAAUUGAUUUGGCCACCGCUGCCGUCCAGGCUGCAUUACCGAGUUAUGAGCGCAAGUCCUCGUGA